AUGUUCCAAUCUUUAAUUCGCUUUUCUUUUAGCAAGUUUGUUCCUUCCAAAGUUACUUGUUGGAAUUGUAAAUCAAAUGAGUUUAUAAACAGAUUUAUUUGUGGUUAGUGCAAAUAUUUAAAAGAGCCUUCUCGUUAAUUAUAAGAUAUUAAUUACUUUGAGCUUUUUGAUUUGCCUAUUAACAUCAAUGUGGAAACCAGAUAUUUAGAAAACAAAUAUCGAUCAUUGCAAUUAAAAUUUCAUCCUGAUCGAUUUGUGACUAUGCCUUCGAUCAAUAUUUCGUAUAGUCAAGAAUAUUCUGCUUUUAUCAAUGAAGCCUAUUCAGUACUGAAAAACAUUCACGAGAGAGCAGAAUACAUUGUAUAAUACCUCAAUAUUAUAUAGUUGUCUCUUAAGGGAUUUUAAAUUAAAGAGUGCAGUGUUCUAUUGGACUUAGAGUUUAUGGAGGAAAUUUUGGAAUUGCAGUCCCAAGUUCAGAGAGGGGAAAAUAUAUCUCAAAUUAAUCAAAAGAAUAAUUUGGAAAUUGAAAAAAUGACAAAAUAAAUAAUUUAAGACAUCUCAAAUGAGCAAUACGAAAAGGCUUACGAAAUCAUACUCUAUUUAAAAUAUAGAUAACGACUAAAGGAUUAGAUUCUAAUACAUAUCUGA